GCCAAUUUGUACUUAGCGUUUCUUGCUUCUCUCUGAAAGAUUUCAAUUAAUAAAUAGUGGAACCUGUUUGUUUUUCUUGUCAAGGUAUAGAUAACUUGUUCAGAGACGGCAAAAUGGGGGUGAAUGAGUUAAAGGAGGCCUUAAUCUUUCUAUGCAAAGGACAAUUCUGGAGAAUGGCUGUUAUGUGGACUAUCUCUCUCAUCCUAUCAUACCUGCAGGUGUUUGCCCAAAGGCAUUACUCGCGGAAAUCCAAAUUCUAUGAGCGUUCUUCACCAUUAUUGUUUACAGCAUCAUCUAAUCCUGCUAUUGCUUCUAUCAAAAAGCCAAUUUGCAUAAUUACAGGUGCCUCAUCUGGUUUAGGUGCUGCUGUUUCCUAUGCCCUUGCUAAAGAAGGUUAUUAUGUUGUUGUUGCUGGAAGAUCAUUGCACUCAUUGUCAAUGAUUGUGUCUGAAAUCCAAGAACAGAUAGAUGAUGCUAGCGUAAAAGCUUUUCAGGUUGAUUUGUCAUCAUACAAGUCAAUCUUGAGCUUCAAACACGCCCUUCAACAGUGGCUAUUGGACUCAGAUUUGCAUUGCUCUGUCCAGCUCCUAAUAAAUAAUGCUGGAAUCCUUGCGACAUCGUACAGAAUCACUGCAGAACAAUGUGAUCAGAUGAUGUCAACUAAUUAUAUUGGUCCAUUUUGUCUUACAAAACUGCUUUUGCCGCUACUAGAACAGAGCCCUGUCCCUUCUCGUGUUGUUAAUGUUACUUCAUUCACUCAUCGGAAUGUGUCUAGCAUGGAGGUCACUGGAGAAACAAUAUCUGGGCAGUAUUUUUCAAAAUUAAGUUUGUAUCCAUUUGCUCAAGUGUAUGAGUAUUCCAAAUUAUGCGUUCUGCUCUUCACAUAUGAGCUUCAUCGGCAAGUUUGUCUGGUGGAGAAAUCUCAUAGUGUCUCUGUCAUUGCUGCAGAUCCUGGAGCAGUGAAAACCAACAUUAUGCGAGAAAUUCCUUCAUGCCUCUCAUGGUUUGCGUUCUACAUUUUAAAUCUUUUGGGGCUUUUGCAGUCUCCUGAAGUAGGAAUUGACUCUGUUCUAGAUGCAGUACAUGCGCCCCCAGAAACCUCGGGAGUAUACUUCUUCGGAGGAAAUGGUAGAACUCUAAGAUCUUCUCGGCUUUCUUAUAACUCCAAACUUGCAAAAGAUCUCUGGGAUGAUUCGUCUCAAAUUUUCCUUGAACGGCAGCUUGCUUACCGGGAUAAAACUUGACCAGAGACAUUAACCUGGCAACUUUCCUCAGUAUGUGUGGAGCAUGAACUUGAGUUUUGAUUAAAAAAAAUUAUAUACAUUUAUUUUCUAUGCAUUUUGGAAGAGGUUCAAGUUAGUAUCUUGAUGUUUUAAUUACCUUUGUAAGUCCUGUUUAUGUUAGUAGUUAUUAAAGUAAGGCAAGUAUUCAGCCAUUAUUAAUUUUUA